UGGAGGAAGUUUGGGACAAGCAGGAUUCUUUGUAGAGCUGCCCCCCUGAACAAACUGAAAAGGGCCUUGGCCAGAGAGGUGAAAGCAUGGUGGUGACAGCCUCAUGCUGUGGGCAUGUGUUUCACUGCAUGGACUGGAGGCCCAGUCAGGGUUGGGAUAAAGCUGAACUGGGCAAAGUAUACAGAGAUCCUUCAUGAAAACCUGGUCCAAAGAACUCAGGACCUCAGACUGGGUUGAAAGUUCACCUUCCAACAAAACGAAUCCGCUGGACUGGUGCCUUCCUAUUGAGACGCAAGAAGCAUAGACACAAGCCUGCAUCUGAGCACAACAGCCUCUAGCAUCAAAACAAACAAGACGGAAACCUAUUUAAAACAGCAGAAACAUUGUUGUAUUUGAGGGUUAAAUUGUGGAGAAUUUUGCCGAGAAGUUGCAUGUGCAGGAGUGAUAGUCCUCGACCGGGACAGAAGGAAUGGGACACCCGGGCAGAGCAGUGAGAGGAUGGAAAGGAUGGACGCUCCUGGUUUGGGUCGCCGCUGUCAGCUUGGUGUUAACAGACGGACGGAGAGUGAGACAACCCAGAUGUCCCGUUGGAUGCACCUGCACCAAAGACAAUGCCCUGUGUGAGAAUGUCCGAUCCGUGCCUCACACUUUCCCAUCCGACGUCGUUUCACUAUCUUUUGUCAAGUCUGGAUUUAAUGAAAUCACAAGCGGAAGCUUUGUUCACACGCCUGCCCUGCAACUGCUAUUGUUCACAGCAAAUUCAUUUGACCUGAUUGAUGAGGAUGCAUUCCUGGGUUUACCACACCUUGAAUAUCUAUUUAUUGAAAAUAACAAAAUUGCAUCGAUAUCCCCAUUUGCUUUCCGGGGCCUGAAAGCACUGAUACAUCUGAGUCUGGCUUACAACAACCUUGAGACGCUGCCCAAAGAUGUUUUCAAGGGCAUGGACGCUUUGACCAAAGUGGAUCUACGUGGGAACAACCUGAUAUGUGACUGCAAGCUCAAGUGGUUGGUGGAGUGGAUGCACCACACUAACGCCACCCUGGACCAGAUCUACUGCAGCGGUCCACCCAUGCACCAGGGGAAGAAGAUCAAUGACCUGCUGCCACACUCUUUUGACUGUAUCACAGCAGAGUUUGCUGCCUAUCAGUCGCUGAAGUUUGAGUCCAUUUCGGUGGGAGCUUUCACCUUUGAUGAAGAUCAGUAUGUUGUGUUUGCCCAACCGUUUGCGGGGACGUGCAGCUUCCUGGAAUGGGAUCAUGUUGAGAUGACCUUUAGGACCUACGACACCAUUGAAAGCACCUCCACUGUGGUCUGCAAGCCCAUGGUGAUUGACAACCACCUCUUUGUCAUAGUGGCCCAGCUGUUCGGGGGCUCUCACAUUUACAAACGCGACACCUCUGCCAACAAGUUUAUCAAGAUCCAGGACAUUGACAUCCUUAAGAUUCGCAAACCUAACGACAUCGAGACGUUCAUGAUUGAUGGAGAGUCUUUCUUUGUCAUCGCUGACAGCUCGAAGGCCGGCUCCACAACAGUGUACAAAUGGAACGGCAAUGGCUUCUACUCCCACCAGUCACUCCAUCCCUGGUUCCGGGACACGGAUGUAGAAUAUUUGGAGAUCUCCAACAAACCCCACCUGAUCUUGUCAAGCAGCUCCCAGAGGCCCGUCGUCUACCAGUGGAACAGGAGCCAGAAGCAGUUCGAUCGCAGGACUGACAUACCAGAGAUGGAAGACGUGUUUUCUGUCAAACACUUUCGGGUCAAAGGUGAGCUGUUUAUAUGCUUGACAAGAUUCAUCGGGGACUCCAAGGUGAUGCGCUGGGACGGUGCCAUGUUCAAGGAGGUCCAGACAUUUCCUUCCCGCGGCUCCAUGGUGUUUCAGCCUGUCUCCAUCGGCAACUGGCAGUAUGCCAUCUUGGGCAGCGAUUAUUCACUGACGCAGGUCUACCAAUGGGACACGGAGAGGGGCCACUUUGUCCCAUCUCAGGAGCUGAAUAUCCAGGCGCCUCGAGCAUUUUCUCUGGUUUCCAUUGACGACCGGGUGUUCCUGCUCGCAUCCAGCUUCAAGGGAAAAACUCAGAUCUAUGAGCACCUCAUGAUUGAUCUGAGUAAUUAAACCCAUCAUUAGUUUGGGACAAAUUAUGCACACUAUCAUUCAAUGCUUUCUUUUGUGAUUGUGUUGAACUUUCCAGUCCCAUUAGAAUCCACCAGCAAUUCCCACCUAAGUUUAAACAAAAGGAAGCUUCAAGUAAAAGCUCAAACUAUUUAAAGAGAUAUUUUAAAUACAAUUCAAGACCUUUGGGUUGGAUUUAGCGAUUAAAUUCUUACAUUUCUCAUUAUCAUUGUGUUUUUUAUUAGGUAUUUUUCAACCUGGACCUUAUUUUUUUAUGUUUUUUUUCUGUCUGUGACUCAACAAACUUUGAAAUUGAUUCACUAUUGAGCAACAGGGCUGCAGUCGGUGAAUAAUUGCUGUCCCUGUCAGUCACUUGGAAACAUAACAUGGAAAAAAAGGGUCCAGGUUGGAAAAUACCACAUUGACACCACAUCCAUUACACUGAAAAUAUAUUCUUUACAGUCCCUGAUGCCUGUAUGUCAGUUGGCUGCAACUACUUAAUGAAGUCCUUAUAUUUUCAUUGCAGUUCCUCACUAAUUUGAAAUGCCUUAUUCUCCAUUUGAAAACCUUAAAUCCACUCAGAGUGCGAACUGACUAUCUUUCAGGAAAAACAAGCUAUUACUGCAUUUGUCUUUUAUUCAACCCUGCAGGUGUAUUUGUAGUUAUUAGACGUAUUGUAUAUGUUUCUGCAAUUCAACUCCAUACUUUGUUUUUAAUUCUAUUGUAGGAAUUUGAUAGCAAAGAUUUAGUUUAGUAGUACUAAUGACCAUGCAAUAAUAGGCAAAUUGGAAAAUUCUUUUAAAGGAAAGGUGUUAGACUUAAGAGAGGCGUUUUUCUAGAAAAAAAAAUGGGCAUGAGACAGUUUUUCUUUUGAGUCUUUGAUUUAACAAAGCAUUUCAGGAAAAUUGAUUUCAGAGUGAAAUGUCAUUGCAAGAGAUUAUUAACAGUGGAAUGUAAGAUACUGAGAUAUACCGUACGCGGACACAAGCAAACAACUGGUCAUAUGACUCAUAUGUCAGGGUUGUAAGAUACCUUAUAGAAGAUGGACAUGCACAAAUGUGCAAGAAUAUUUUUUUUUAGAAUAUUUGGAAUUUAAUCAGGGUUUUGGGUUUUUCUUUUAUUUAAGACCUGAGCUUGAAAGUAGUACACCAAAUGUGGUUAAAUUUGGACUACUUGUUGAGGAUUAAAUACAUUCUUUCAGUGCAAAUUGGCUGCUAAUCAACCUAUAUUCCAUCAGUCUUAUGUAAUUACUUGCCACUAAAAAGAGUGACCCUAAUUUAUACACUGAAGAAUCCACUAACCACUGUGAGAAACUGGGAAAAAACACCUUCUCUGUCCUGUCUGUUCUAUGACCACCAGUUAAGCAAGACUGCAUGCGUGAUACAGACUCUCGUGGUGCUGAUUCCUGAUGAAUGACUCGCUAGAAGCGUCCCACUGUGUCACCUCGCCCUCCCUCUUUCACUGCACUCUUGCUCUUUUCUCCCUCAUUGACAAAACCAUUGUUGUCUUUACUCCGGAGCUAAAAAAGCCACCCACUGUGGAGCACCUGGUACCUGUGCUUUCAUGCGGUCCUCUUACUCUGACACAAAGGAAAACAGAUGACAAUUAACAAUUUCACCGAUUUGCCAAAUAUAAUGUUUACGUUUCUACAUCACUGUGUAAAGUAAUUUAUAUGAUACUGCUUUUGUACGUAGAGGGGACCACACUCAGUGUUUUAUUUUUCAUAGGUAUAGAGGUUAGUGUAGGUAAGGAUCACCUCCUUAAAUGCUGUGUAACAUGCUUCUUCUGCAAAACAGUGUAGGCUUACAUGUGUCAGUCUAAUCUAGGAUAGAGGGUAUUAUCUAUUCCUUUGUCAU